CUAUCCUACAACCGUCUGUACCUGGUCCCAUCCUACCUGCCCAGAGCUCUGGUCCACCUGGUCUUGGUAGGGAACCAGAUCGAGAGGAUCCCAGGUAUUUACCAAGUGUUUUAAUUAAUACUUCUAAGUGCUAUCCUCUGGGAAUACAAUGUUCAUCUUGUUCUAUGUUUUAAUUCAGGGUUUGUGUUUGCCCACAUGGAGCCGGGCAUAGAGUACCUGUACCUGUCCUACAACAAGCUGGAUGGGGAUGGGGUUGAGCCACAGUCCUUCUUGGGCACGUACACCUCCAUGACAGAGCUGUGUUUAGACCACAACCAGCUGAUCACGGUUCCCCCUGGUAUCAACCAGAUGAGCACUCUGCACUUCCUCCGCCUCAAUGACAACAAAAUUAGGUAUUGGGAUUGUUACUGUACACUGACGUAAAUGUUUAUAGAUGCACCAUUUCACCAUGUGCUGUUUCAAUAGACACACUAGCUACAGCACGCUGACCGCAGUGACAACCCUGUAGUUAUUUGGACCAAGACGAUGAAGUAAGGAAAUUCAAGUGAUUGAUCAUUGGGCUAUAAUAACCAAGUGAUAUAACCAUAUUUGCAGAUCUGAACCUUCCCUUUCUGAUCAGUUUGUAGUUUUGGGAGAGGAGCAUGAUUUGAAUAGGCCUUCACAGAACACAUGACAAGAUUGAUCAAUUCAAGAGUAUUGACGUUCUUCUUGACAACCAGUCCAGUACACAGAGUAUAGGUAAUCUCUUCAUGAUGUAUAACCAAUAACUUUUCAACAUGUUACAGGACGUUUGCAGAGGACGCUAUCUGUGACCCCCAGAAAGACGAGGACAUUAACAUAGUGACGCUGCGUCUGGAGAACAACUACAUCGACCCCAGGAAGGUCUCCCUCACCGCCUUCUCCUGCGUACGAUCCUACUCCAGCAUCGUCUUGAAACCUCAGUGGACCAAGUAACACAGCAUCUCUUUAACACUGUGUUAUUAUAUUAAAAGUUGUAAAACAUUUUUUUGAACUAAAUCGCCAGUUGUGUUGAAACCUCAGUGGAUGAAGUAAAAUGCUUCUAACAUUGUGGCUGAAUUCCGAACAGACCUCUUAGCCGCUUCCCCUGUAGAUCUGAUAGGUGGAAACAAUAUGGCCACAUUUCCACACAGCUAAUCAGAUGGCAAGAUCAAGUAAUAAUCAUAUUGGUUCAGCCAAUCACAAAGGAAGAAUAAGAAAUGACCACGAUCCUCUCAGAUCAACAGGAAGUCCACGUGGAAUUCAGCCUCUGUCUGCUAUUCUAGUAAAAGUCCAAAACCAAAUAAACUGUCACUGGCCGUGUCCGAAAUCUGUCAGGUAUGGGUAUUGACAGUCUAUCACUAAAUCACCAUCACCAGCCUCCAACUGUAUCUCAUUAUUACCUAGAGAUGCUUACAACCUGCUGAUGGUCACUUUGACAGAGCGCCAGAGUUCCUGUUCCAGUUAAUAUUACCGUAAAGUAAAAGGUCGAAUCGAACCGAUUUACCUUCUUAACGAGCGGGUCAUGACCCACAGUAGGGAAAGACUCCACUGUUGUACAGUGCCUUGCAAAAGUAUUCAGCCCCCUUGAAUUUCUUCACAUUUUAUUGUGUUACAAAGUG